AUGAACCUGGAACGAUGGAUUGAAGUGCAGUAUGUCCUUCUGACGGCAUAUCUAAAUGAAGACGGACGUGCAAAGUAUUCAGCGGCUCAGGCAAAAUUGAAAACGGACCCAAGAGCUGUUCUCAAUGCAGCGCUACGAGUCUCGCUAGCCGAAACCGUUGCUCUCAGUGAAUCAUGCGUGAUGAUCCCGGACAAGAUCUCACCCAAUGAAAUCCUCGACGUAUUUCUCCGCCAUCUACACGAAACACGUGUCCCCGCCCAGGCACCAAACUCGGCAACGAGAUAUUGGCUAUCCGCCGUCUUGGCCUAUACAGCUAUGUAUGGUCUGAAUAGGAUUCACAGGAAAUACCCGUUUCUGCUGAACAAGAUGGCUAGCGCGUGGCCGGGAGUCCUCCAGUGGAGCGUCUUCUUCUUUUCCGGAACAGUGACAUAUGAAGAAAGGAUCGAUUCUAAAAGGAGAGGGACAAUUGAGCAGAUCGCCUCGGCCUGCAUUGAGACCGCCGCUAAGUUGUGGAUGGAAGAAAGCGAAGGACCCUUAUCUCCCAAUGAAGGGCUUCCCACGACUCUCCUCAUGAUAGAAAACCUACUCAAGCUCGCUGACGCGGAGCGACUCGAUAGAGUUAUCAAAGCAGCUGGAGGGAAUGCGAGCAUUAUUGCGAAGCUUUCAUUAUCUCGUCUACAGGACACUCUCACAUCCAAGUCGGUUCAACGAUUGACGCUUGCCAUGUACCUGCGCCUUUUAUGUCACCUCUCUUGUUCACCAUGUUUCACGCACCCAAUGCUCGCCGCUCUCUUGAGCGAGAAUGUGAUUUGGACAGUCACAAAGGCCCUACUCGUCAUCUCUGUAUACGUUGACUUAACGAUCCAUGUUUCCGCAUGCCAUGAUGGGUUCACGUGGGUUUCACAAGCCGUCGGCGCGGGAUUGCUGCAUGCAUGGGUGGACUGUAGCCCUCAAUUUGACAGCCUGGAUUCAGGCAACCAAAAAAUGUUCUUCGACGUGGUUGGAGAUGUGUUGUCACGCUAUAUGGUUUACCUUUCGGUUGUUGAGGCGGUUAAUGCGUCAAUGUCCAAAAUCCGCGAAACUCAAAAAGAGAGGGUGAGGAGGAGUCUUGCGAAGGAUGUCUGGGAUGACUUUGUGAAGCUGAGUGCGGAACGAUUCCGCAUACUGAGACGGCUCGAUGCUCAAAAAGGACAACACAUGUGCAGCAAUGAGAACGUGCGUCGCCAUGCUCUAAGCGAUGCGUCUUAUGCUGACAGUAUCUUAGUGUCAUAUAGUCGGCACGAAGGAGCAGAUCCGGCGAUGUUCGGCGUGUCUUACAACGUUCUAUUGCUCAAAGAGGAGUGUCAGGCGAACGACUGGAAAGAAGGGGACCACAAGAAUGCAUGUAAAUUAACAAGACAAGGGAGAAAGGAAGGAAGACCAAACGGGAUCUCAAAAAGGGACGUUGCCUUUCUCCGUCUAUUGGCUAUGACUGACUCGCGAAAGCACCUACCUCUUCUGCGCGAGUUAGCCAAACGCGAAUUUAGCGACACACCGCUGCCUGAGCUCGCAGUUUGCAUCGAUUACACGGUUGUGCCUCCUGCCUACACUCUCAAGCUGCUCAAGACGUAUGAGAUUGACGAUGCCAACGAGAUGUCACUCCACGCCAGAGCACGGCAAGACGGAAUGAUUGAGAAAGUCAGAGAGAUCUCCAUACGCCGUACGCUGAUCGAAGGCACAAUUGUUAGCGGGAGCGUCGUGUGCUACGCACUAAUGCAUACGAACGGGACGCACGAUUUCUGGACGUUGGAUGAAGCAGCAUCUUCGGAAGGGUCUUUGAAGGACGAGCAGCACGUUGGCGAAGAGACCAGCGGUAUCGACGAAGAUGAGAGUGAGGAGGGUAUGCAUGAAGAACAGAGGAUUUCAGGCGUGCGUGGACGGACUCUGAAGGUUCAGUAG